GAGCGCUCCGGCCGCCGGUGCCGCCCGCGCUGCCCGCCCGCUCUCCCGCACUCGCUCCCGCCUGCCGCUGCCCGGACACCGGCGGUCACCGCGCAGCGCCCGCGCCCUCUGCCGCGCCGGGUCCUGCCCCGCCAUGAAGUUGAGCAGCCGGGGCCGGGGAUGCUGCGUGGGCGGCAGCCGGGAGCGCGGGCCGCCGCCGCGGAGCCCCUUCGUGCACCAGCUGCGCUUCAGCCCCCUGGAGAAAGCCAAGAUUGCCUUCAUGACCUUGACUCUGUUUCCUAUCCGACUCUUUUUUGCUGCUUUUAUGAUGUUGCUGGCCUGGCCUUUUGCAUUCAUUGCUUCAAUGGGAUCUGAUGAGCAAGAGCUUGAAAAGCCCCUCUCCUGGUGGCGAAAGAUAGUGGAUGUUUUGCUGAAAGCAAUCAUGAGAAUGAUGUGGCUUGCUGGUGGAUUCCACUGGAUAAAUGUUAAAGGCAGACGGGCAUUGCCAGCGGAAGCAGCAAUAUUAACUGUGGCUCCCCACUCUUCCUACUUUGAUGCCAUUCCAGUAACUAUGACCUUCGCCUCCAUUGUGAUGAAAGCAGAAAGCAAAGAUAUUCCUGUUUGGGGAACUCUAAUCAAAUACAUCCGACCAGUAUUUGUAUCUCGGUCAGACCAGGAUUCUCGCAGGAAAACUGUAGAAGAGAUAAAGAGGCGUGCUCAGUCUGAUGGGAAGUGGCCACAGAUAAUGAUAUUUCCAGAGGGCACUUGCACAAACCGAUCCUGUCUAAUUACAUUCAAACCUGGAGCAUUUAUUCCUGGAGUUCCUGUACAGCCAGUGGUUUUACGUUAUCCAAACAAACUGGACACAAUCACAUGGACAUGGCAAGGACCAGGAGCGUUUGAAAUUCUGUGGCUUACUUUAUGUCAGUUUCACAAUUCUGUGGAAAUUGAGUUUCUACCCGUGUAUAUUCCUUCAGAAGAAGAAAGAAAAAAUCCAGUGUUAUAUGCCAAUAAUGUCAGACGUGUAAUGGCAGAGGCGUUGGGAGUUUCAGUGACAGACUAUACAUUUGAAGACUGUCAGCUAGCUUUGGCUGAAGGACAACUUCGUCUGCCUUCAGAUACGUGUCUUUUAGAAUUUGCAAAGCUUGUGAGAAGCCUUGGGCUGAAGCCAGAAACACUUGAAGAUGAUCUUGAUAAAUAUGCUGCAAGUGCCAUGAAAAUGAAGAAAGAAAAGGUUGAUCUUAAAGAAUUUUCAGCAUACUUGGAAUUUCCAGUUUCUCACACAUUAGAAAGUAUGUUCGCACUUUUUGAUGAGAAUGAAGAUGGUGUAAUUGACAUUCGGGAAUUUGUCAUUGCUCUGUCAGUUGUCUGUAAGCCAUCCAAAACUCUGGAAACAAUUCAGCUGGCAUUUCAGUUGUAUCAGUCAGAAAGCGGAACUAUAACAGAAGAGGAUUUAGAGCAUAUUCUGAAGACUGCCAUGGGUGUAUCACAGAUUAAUGUUACACAUCUCUUCAGAGCUGUAGAUGAAGAAGAAAAAGGAAAGAUUACAUAUGAUGACUUCUACACAUUUGCUGAGUUGCACCCACACUUUGCAGAAGACUAUCUAUAUGCUGAUCAGAUGGGAGCUGAGAGCAGCUUGGAGACUUCAUCUCUUUCUGCUCCUAAUGGUAUCUGUACUGACUUCAGCCCUGACAACACUGAAGAUAAAAACAAGCCCCUGCAGAAGAAACUGAAUUAACACUGCAACUCUUACCUUCCUCUCCUGGUGAGAGGGUUGUCUUUUCUUGGGAUUUUCAUAAGUCACUCCAAUUAUACAGCAAAUACCAGUUUUGUGUGUGAAAGUUCUUCUACCUUAAUACCAUUCUUUGAAUCAUACGUGCUGUAUUUAACAACAUGUUCCAGGUUACUUUGGGAAAGGUGUUUUUAUUUUUUUUUUUUUAAAGGGUCUUUGAAAGGCAAAAAUGUGAAUGUGCUUCAUUAUUAAUGUUCAUAUUUAAAAGGAAGCAGCACACUUAUUUAUAUUCCAUUGAUUAGUUUUCUGUACAAAGUGUCGCACAAACUGUGCAUGUAAAAAGAAACUGUAGCUACUAUGGUGUUAAGUGCACUUUGGUGAUUAGUGUUCUCCCUAGUUAUGGGGAUGUUUAUUUGGGGCCAAACUUUGCUGUCUAUAUUUGCAUAGCCAGUCCUGUUGACUUCAGUUGGAUUAUUCUCUUGAGCAGAGCAAGCAUAUUUUGGCCCUUUGUUUUGGUUUCAAUGAACAGUUUGGAAACAGUAAUACAAAAACUUGCUAAGGAUUACUUUUUAUUUUUAUUGUUGAAUGACAAAAUUGUUUCUCUUUCAGUCUAUUCCAUGGUAGAAUGAAAAGGAAAGGCUCCUUAUCCCUCACCCCGACACUUUUCUACUGUAAUCUUCCGGAUGCAAUUAAACAUGAAUUUUUUUCCAAACUGA